CUUUCCUUCCCUACAAUCACUCUACCGCGAGUGUCGCCGCUCGCCUCGAUUGCAAUAAGUGACUCCACUAACCCUAAGUGGAACGGGGCAAAAUAUAAAUUUAACGUUACCCGCACGGGCGAGCUUGCUAUUCAUCUUUUCAAGCUAAAUCCCUAUAAUAACGUAUCGCUUGGGAUCGCUCGCAUUAAGCUCGAAUUCCAAGACCAAGCGUCUAUCACUGCCUACGUCGAGGGUACCGCCAAGAGAACCGGUAAAAUCAUGCUAGGCCUUAAAUAUAUGCCGGCAUAG